AGGAUGUCUGAACUUGAAAAUAUGAUCUGUGGCUUGCAAUCUGACUUAGAUCAAAAGCAUUGUGUAAUCCAAUCUCUCCAAAUAGAAAAUGAGCAACUGCAGGUUGGAACCAUUGAUACUAAUAGAAGAUCUGAAGAAAUCAGUAAUCAGUUAAAUGUUCUUAAAGCAGAGCUUAAAGAAAAAAAUGCUCUUUUGGACAAAUUUAAUAGUAUGGCUUACACUCCUGCUGAGGAAACUAGGAUUGAUCUGUUAAACGAAGCGAGAGUUGAUGAGGCAUUGAAAAAUGUUAAGUGGCUAGAAGGAAAGUUAGAAGAAAAAGAGUGUCUUCUGAACAAAAUAACCGAAGAGCAGAAUGCACUGCAGAAUGAAAAUCAACAGAUGAAGCUUGAACUGUGUACACAAAGUAAAAGGGUUGAUGAACUAAAUAAGGAAAUAGAAUGCUUCAAAACUCUACUAGAAGAAAAUGAACAAGAAUCACAGAACAAAGAGUGUAAAAUUAGAUGUGAACUGGAAGAGGCAAAUUAUGCUUUAAACGUUGAUCAUCAAAGAUUGAAAGAAUAUGAAGAACAAAUUAAUUUUCUUGAUACUGCUUUUAUUUUUUAGCAAGAUUCUUCUGGUGAUGAAUUAAAAAGUUUAGAAUUAUUCCGAUGUCGAAUACAAUUUUUGCAAAAAGAGAUAGAACAUAAAAAUUUUGAUAUUGAAAGGCAUCAGAAUCAAGAAGAAUCAUUAAAAUGUGAACUAUCGCAGUUGAGGCAGUAUACAAAUGAAAUGGAAAGACAAUGGAAAGAAAAAGCUUCUUAUUUGGGUUGUGAAAUAGAAAAAAAAAAUACCUUAUUGCAAAAGUAUGAAAAACAAUUAAGCAACAUGAAAUUUCUUGCAGUUCAUGAUCAGAAACUUAGAGGGAUUAACAAGAGAAAAAAAAUGUGUGGAAGACAUUCGUGAAGAUUGCUUUAACUUUAAUGUUCACUCGACUCAGUAACAAUUCAAUAAAUGAUAAAACAUUACUAA